AUGGUACCUCUAAAGGCCGAGACGUGGAUCUGGUGGUCUUUUGUGGUGUUGUGUGUUAUUUGUCGAAUGAUAUCGAGAUACCAAAGCCUCGGCACGAUUAGGCGCUUCCAAGCUGAUGACUACAUCACCGUCGCUGCGAUGUGUUUCUACACCACCUUGAUCGUCACUAUCAACAUUGUUGCCAAAUCAGACUCCAACCUGUUACCACCCGGCUUCGACGUUAGCACUCUUACCGCCGAGCAGAUUCAUGAUCGUCAAUACGGCUCAAAACUGGUGCUUGUCGUGGAACAAUGCCAAAUUAUGACCACUUGGUGCGAGAAGCUCUGCCUUCUCUUUCUCUACCAACGUCUGGUCACAGUUGGAAGCAAAGAAAGACUUGCAAUCAAAAUACUGUUCUACUACGUCGGAAUCAGCUGGGUCGUUAUGGAGGUUCUUUAUUUCGGCGUUUGGUGUCGCCCUUUCACCAUGUACUGGGCCGUACCUUCGACCAAGCAGUGUACAGCUGCCACAAACCACCUGAUUACUAAUGCCGUCUUUAAUCUAAGUUCUGACGCUCUGAUACUGGCUGUCGCUCUUCCCAUGUUCAUCAAGACUCGGCUACCACUCCGCAAAAAAAUCGCCAUCGUUGGUAUCUUCUCACUUGGAACCUUUGUCAUCAUCUGUGCCAUCCUCAACAAAAUCUACAGCUUCCGCUCACCGUUCGGGGUGAGUUGGGUGUACUGGUACGUCAGAGAGUCAAGUACUGCACUUCUGACAGCCAAUGCCGCUUUUGUUUGGGCUCUCAUCCGAAGAACCUUCAAAUUUCGAUCUCUG